AAAUAAACACAGCCCCUUAACCUCGGAAAAACGUCGUUUCGAAACUAAAAUAACUAACGUUACAAAUUACAACUAUAUAUUGUUUUCAUAGAAGUCCAUUUUUUUGUAGCAUAAUGUACAAUCUCAUCAUGAAAACAUGCAGCUAGAUGCCGCCAUCAAAUUAGCUUCGCAAGCCAACUAUGGCCAGAGGCCUUUCACAUCAAAUAUGUGGUUCUGCUGUUGCAUAUUAACAUUUAGUUAGUUGCUAUCAUCUUCAAACAACGUUUUUAUAUCUAAUACGCAUAGAAUUCAGCAAAUAUUAAUUCACACACUGAGUGCAAAUGUGUUUGGCAGUACAGACAAAACCGCUGUUGCGGUUAGCUGCAUCUCGUGUUAGCUAGCAACUUGUUUUUAAGAGGAACAGCUAAUGUUGCGAUACAUUCUCUAUACUCUUGUCUUUGCUAUAGCUUGAUCCAAGUCUUUCCCGAUCAGAGACUGGAUCCAAAUUCCAUUUUUAUCACGAACCCCACUGCUCAUUGUAACCUAGUAGCUAAACAUUUUUAGCUCUUCAAUUGAUGUCAAGUUGUGUCCACUGCAGUUCGGCCUAUUGUUGGUCAUCUGAUAAAGUGUGAGCAUUGUCCUUGUUUUAUGAAGAUCAAACAUGGGGUAAUCUAUCUUCUCUUCUGGCUAUGACAUACAGUUCAUGAUACACAGUAUCUUCCUCUACUUUCGUAUGAGGUCAAUUCACGUCUGAAUCUCAUGCUGUACAUUUCCCUCCUUUUCUGUGAGUGGUCUCUCUUCAAUGCUUUGUAAAUGAUUCUUCCUGUCUCUUUCAUAUAAACCUAACAUUCUGAUUCAGAACACAGUUCAAUUGACUACUAUUUGAAUUGGGCCCUCCUCUCCACACUUGCUAUCUGUACAUUGUAGGCUAACUGAACCUGUCUGCAGACAGUGUUGUUUUGCACCUCCGUAUCCCCAUGCUAACUGUGGAAGAGGGUGGCAGACAAGAACUUACACCCUACACUUUCACCAUUAUGUUUCUGCAGAAAUAUUCCAUCAGAUGAAGAGGAGAGUUUUCCCUUUUUCCUCAUCCACGUUGACUUGUUGCCACGUCGUUGUCUCUUUUUGAAUUGACUGAAUCUUCCCUUCGAUCAAAGACUUAAAUUGGCCCUCACUUUAACUGCUUCCUUAUUCUGUUCUUGUACCGUGGAGUUUCACGUCGAGUUACUUUAGAGCACGUCAGCCAUUUUGAGAGUGGCCAUGUCCCAGAAGAUUCCAUCUGAUAGCUCUCAGAAAGGCUUUGCUGUGGGACGCGGGCUCCUGGCUGCUGCUGAGACCCUCAACUUCAGCAUGAAUGAACAGUGUUCAGACAGCCUCCAUCAUGGCUCAACCUCCAGACAGUUGCACAGCAUGUCCUCAGGUAUGGGUGGUGGUGAGGGCGACCAUGACCCCCAGCUGUCCCGUCGUGGUGGCGGCCACAUUGGCAACUCCAUGAAGCUAUUUGCCAGCUUGGGCCUGUCGCCCGCAGACCUAGACGUGCUGGCACAGAUCCCAGAAGAAAACAUUAGUGUGGAGUCCUUGCCUCAACUUAUAAUGCAGCUUAAGAACCGGAAGGUGGAUUCUGACAGACGCAUGGCAGGCAACUCUAGAGGGGACCUGUCCGGGCUCUCCUCUGAGCCCUCCUACAGAGCCAGCAGAGACAACUGGGAUGACAUGCGUGCUGGAAGACUGGGUGGUUCCAUGGGGCAAGCUUCGGCCCACGCUCAGCAAGGAGACUUGGGCUACAAUUCCAUCCAAGACACUCCAGCUGGAAGGUAUGAACUCGACUAUGGCCACGGCAGUGGCGGAAGAGAUCCAGGGUGGUAUUCAGAUCUUUCCCGUGAUCGCUACAGCGGUAUGGGCAUGGGUCCCCCUUCAGCGGCAGACAGUGUCUUUAUGACCAGGAGAAUGGGAUCCCCGUCCCAAGGCAAAGUGCAGGACUUCUUAGGAGUUAUACCUCACAUGUUUCCCCAUGUGUGCUCUCUUUGUGAUUUUGACGUGCACUCUACCAUGGAGUGGAACCAGCACACAGAUGGAUUACGCCAUACAGAAAACCAGAGGCUCCUCCUGCAAAUGUACCCAGAAUGGGAUCCACACAUGGCCACAAGCAGAGGCGGUGGGUCUCAUCUACAGGAGACCACCAAUCAAUCAGCCAGUCUCCUGGGACCAAUCCCCAUGGGCGGUGGGCAGCAGGCUGGAGGAGGCCGCAUGAGCUCCGGCUGGGGUGGUGGUGCUGGAUCUAAUGUUGGAUCAGGCAAGCCACAUCAACACUCUAUGGCACUUAAGCAGAUCAGAAGCAAAGUAGUGGUGGCCAUAUAUGACAGGAGUCCUCUGUCUAACAAAGCCCUGUUCGCCUUGGCUGAACCCUUUGGAACUCUCUGUGAACACUUGGUUCUGAAGAACAAGGCCUUUUUAGAAAUGGAGACUCAUAAGGAAGCUAGGGAUGUGGUGAGCUACUACCAGCAGAACCCAGCGCUGUUGCAUGGGAAACAAAUCACCUUAUAUCUGUCCAAAGAACUCCUGGUGAUUCAGAAAGACCGCAGAACUGAGAGAAUCAACCGGGAGGCGAAACAAGGCAAAGAGCCGGUGGCGGCGAACCAAUCGCAGGUAGUCUUCUUCUCCAACUUGCCGCGUGAGAACGAGAAGAAGCAGGAACUCCUCACCAUCGCGAGGCGCUUCGGCAUCGUAAAGAAACACUUGUUUCUAACUGAAGAGCGUUCGUCUUCCAAGGCUUUUGUUCAGCUGGGGUCUGCGGAGGAUGCUGAGAUGUUGGUGAAGUACUACACUCUGAAUCCACUGACCAUCCAGGGAAAGUCUGUCCGUUUAAACAUCUGUACCAAGUACAAGACCUUGAAUGUGAAUAAUCGCUCCAACAAACUGAUGGAUGACAAGAGAAGGAGAAGGAGCAGUAGUACUGGACCCAAAGACAAAUCUUCCUCCUCCAAGAGCACCAAAUCUUCCUCUUCUUCUAGCAGCAAAGCCAAAGAGGACAGGAAGGAACCACCAAAAGGAGAGGACGGCGAUGCAGGGAGAGAGGGAGAGGGGUCAGGGAGAGACGGAGUGGGGUCAGGGGAUGUGGUGGCUGGUGUGAUGGAGGGAGAUAAAGCUGAGGAGUGUGAAGGAGAGGGAGACCAGGAUUCACGUGAUGUUGGGCCGUCAGCGGACAAUGCUGAAGCCGUGACGGAAGACCCAGAGACUGCUGCCAACACCAGUCUGGAAUCGCAGGAGGAGAAGGAACCUGCUCCGGACUCCGACAAUGUUCCGAGCACUGCCAAGGGUCUGAGCAGUAGUGAUGUCACAGAGAAGGCUGAGGGGUCAGAGGUGGAGGAGGGGACUGUGCCUGGUGCAGAGGAGACAGCAGAGGGAGAGCCUGAGAGUGAACAGAUGGAAACUGAAGCCACUACAGAUGAGACAGAGGUCAAGGUUGACUCGCCAUCGGCAGAGCCAGCAGAGAGCUCAGAGAUGCAUGAAGAACAGCUACCUGCAGAUCAGGAGGAGGGCAGCAUGGAGCAGGACUUCCCAGAGAACAUGGAUGACUUUGUGACUCUGGAUGAGCUGGCAGAGGACGAGGACUUGGAGAGACAGGACUCGUCAUCCAAAGAAAAGUACUCGUCUUCAGGAAGCUCUAAGAAAAUUGGGGGAUUGAGAGUGGUCAACGUUGUGGGAUUUAAACGAGCCUAUGGUUUCCUGAACGAGAUCUUGGCCCUGGCCAAACCCUUCGGUACUGUAGUUCAGCACCUGGUGCUUGACGUGAGACCCGAGGCCUUUCUGCAACUCACUUCGGAAGAAGAGGCCAAAGCAAUGGUCAAUUUCUACAGUGGGAAUGUAACACCGACUGUGUGUGGGAAGUCUGUGAAAAUCUACCAUUCACAGACAUACGCUACCAUUCAGAGUGGGAGAGUGGUAUACGUGGGACAGAUUCCCCACUUCAAAUCCUCCGACGCCUCCCUCCUGAAAAUCGCUGAACCGUUCGGCAAAGUGAGACGCUAUUUUCUGAACAGAUCUCGCAACGAGUGUUUCAUUGAAAUGGAACGUGGAGAGGAUGCUGAGAGAAUGGCUGACACCUACAAGGACACGCCCCCUAAAUUGGAAGGCAAGCGGCUAACGGUGUACGUGAGCAGGAAGUACAAACAGCUCAAAUACGGACACCGACCACCAGCCCCUGACUCUGAGGAGAAGGAGAAGAGGUCGUCGAAGAGGGAGCGAUCAGGCAGUGAAACGAGCUCCCACAGGAGCUCCGCAGCCAAAAGCUCAGCCAAACAGGAUGAAGAACCUCCAGUCAAGAAGUCCAGAGAGGAGACGGCAUCUUCAUCAACAGACGAGCCUGACAAAGAAGACGAGGAGAAGAUGGUGGAGGCGCCCACUGAGCAGAGUGAGGUAGAGGUUAGGAAGGAGGAGGAGGUCCAGGGAGAAUAUGGUCAACCCUCUGAGAACUCGGCUGUACACGAAAUAGACACUGACAUGAACAUCAAAAUGGAGGAAAACGACGCGCCCAUUUCCAUCCUGAGUGUGAGGAGCGUUGAGGAGAAUGGAGAGACUGCCUGCACACCAUCUCAGGCUGAGGGGAAGCUUUCAUCAACCAGCCCGGUUCCUCUGGGGCCGUAUGAGCCUAACAGCCCAGUGGGUGUUGAAUAUGUGAAGAUGGGGUACUACUGUAGAGUCUGUUUCCUGUUCUAUUCCAAUGAGGAGACGGCCAAGAAGGUUCACUGCAGCAGUCAAUCUCACUACCAAAAACUCAAGAAACAUCUGGAAAAAGAGAAGGCCAAAGCUCAAAGUAGCACAGGGUUGAAGACUCCCGUGUAGGACAAUUACACGUGUCGAACUGUUGAUCAAGUGUUCAUGCAUGGAUAGAGUUAGUUUGUAACCCUAGAGUGGAUGUUUCGGGAGUUGUUUUUUAGGCUUUCAUGUUUAGCUAUACAGCUUUAACUUUAACUUUUAACCAAGGAAGAACCAACUAUGAAGGGAUCUGGAGAAUGUUAUGAGUUUUGUAUGCCUGGUUUUGUUUCAUGUUUUCUGACAACUCAUCUUGCUAUAAAUGUAAGUUCAAGAUGCAUUUUUGAUUUAUAUUAGAAGUCGUAGGCCUACAUCUCUGUAGCUGGUCUUUUGAAUGUUCACCAACUGUCGUGUGAUGCGGAGAUGAGAAACAAUGUAACCAGUUAUGUUAGGGAGUCUAAAGAAAGGAGCUUGGUUGAUCAUUUUAACUUACAGAUGCCUCCCAUGCAGACGUUCAGAUAAUUGCAUUAUUUGGUUGAGGAGGAAGUUUACAGUACAAAAAUAUCAACGUAACAUGUAAAGUAUUGGUCCCAUGUUUCAUGAGCUGAAAUAAAAGAUCCCAGACUUUUUACAACCAUA